CAAUCUUAAAUUGUCCAUAACAUCGGCUAACUAGACAAGAAGGACCUUCCAGGCCCGCGGACCCUCUCCUCGUGCCCUUGAUUCGAAUUCUUUUUUUUUCCAUGCCAUUUUAAACCUCUCCGUUCAUUGUACUGCUUUGCAGCGCGGGUCCCGAUGCCCAAAAUCUCCUCCUCAGCGAACUCUAGUGCUAAGAUGUCCGACUCACCAGCGAAAAUGACCGACAUUGCUCUCAGAAAGAAGAAGAAUGCUGAUGCCCAAGCCGCCUUUAGAGCCCGGCGAACUAAUUACAUCCAAACUUUAGAAGAAACAGUAACGAACCUUGAAUCUGUAGUUCUUCAGCUGCAAGACUCCUGUCGAGAUGCUCGUAACGAAGCGCAAGAGCUCCGACAAGAAAAUGGUCGAUUACGACUGCAGCUCAAGGAACGCGAACACUUUUGGAGGACGGUGUGGUCUCGUAAAAAUCAAAGCGACGGAGACGAUUUCCCAGCUCUUCCCCCGGGAUCUUUCAACGGUAGCUUGACCGUAGGAUCCCAGGUUCAUCAGUACGGUGAUGUCCGGGCUUAUCGAGAGGAUUCAGCAAUACCGUGCACUCAAACUCAAUCACCCAUAGGUGCCUACUCUACCGUCGAUACAGAUGUGCCUGGUCAACGAACUUCAAAGUAUUCGUCCGAUGCAUAUUUUUCUGCUGUGUCCCAUCCAUCUUGGCCUGCGCAAUCCGUCACCCAAAGCUCCUCGUCAGGAGGGGAAUUAGGCAUUCAUCCUAGCACCACCCAUGCACCAAAUUCCCCCAACUAUACCAAUUCUCCUCCUCUUGCGUCCCCCGAGGUGACUUUCCCCCGAUUUCCAUCUCAAAUAGAAGACCAAAAAGUUUCCGUAACCAGUACUCUCGAGAGCACACCGUUUGUCUUCUCUUCCAGCAGCCGUUCCCUCACACCCACAGUGUCAACACCCCCUACAUCUUCCACGACGCCUCUAGCGCCUUUCCAAUUUAGGGUCUCCGAUGCUGUACACGAACGCCCUCAUCCUCCCGGGACAGGUUCUCUAUCCGGAGCUCCGCCUAAUGGCUCGCUUGGGACUGUCGGUAACGACGGUCGCUACAGACCUGGGUCUAACAGACGGGACGGACCAUUGCUACCGACUGUUCUCCCACCCCUCUCAGGCGGAAGUGACAAUGGUUCGCAGCAUGGCAGCGACGGUGAUUCCGGUGUAGCUCCUCAAAUUUCUGGUACGUUGGCUGUUCUCAAGGCCCAGUCUUUCGGAGCAUUGCGUCGAACACGGACACGAACCAAACGCCCGGUCGAGAGUGCCGCUAAGGUCGCGAUGGAUGUCUUAGAGUCCCGGGGGCUUGGAAUGAGUGUCCAGACCGGUGUAAAACGCCAGCGACGUUGUGAAGACGAGGGGGAUGGCGGUUCAUGACGAGUCUUUGGAUACUCGAUAUCUUAACUGGACCACUGUACGUGUAUGUAUCAUGCUAAAGCUUGUCAUUCUCCCUUUUUUUUCCCCUCUCUUUUUGUGGACACUAGACACCUUGAUAUUGCUCUCGGUCGCAUAUCUAUCGCGUUAUAUAGUUGUAUCAUGAUCUGUAAAACUACUCAUUUCUUGUCUGUAUGAUACCCUUUGUAAGGUCACAUUGUAUAUAUUCUCCAUUAUCCCAAUAUCGAUAUUAAUGCCGUGUUGUCCGGUCACCGGUCACCAGCGCAC